AUGCCAAUAGCCAGUCGUCUGAGGAGAUUGACUGCUUUCCCCAAAUCACAAAGCUUUCGAAGACAUGGAAGCACCGCCGGCCGCUCCAGCUUCAGGACCCGCAACGUCCUUCCACCGCGCGAGCAGCCUACGGUGACCAACGAGGACAAGACAAAGACACUUCGCACCCGUCAACAUGGCAACAGAGAACUGCCACUCCCGCCCCUCAUGGACCCACUGGCGGUCGAAGCAAAGCAGAGGCACAAGAGACCUAAGCCUUUGCGCAUUCAGGGCCAGAUGACGGACUUUCAGAAAGAGCUGGCGAGCAAUCCAUACGCGCGUAUACUCGCCAGUCCAGUCCGCCAAUGCCAGUUCACAAACGCUCGUCUUCCCUCCGACCUUCUCCAACGCUUCUCGAGCGUCCACACCCCAACACCAGACGGAAGCGGCCGACUAGACGCAAAGAUCCUUCCAAGGUCAAUAGAUGCAACCCCAGAAGACGGCGUGAUGUACGGCCCAUCAUCCUCCUAUGUUAUCAACGACCGCCAGGCGCUGAAAAGGCUCAACGUAGGAAGACAAUGGACGCAACUUCUCUCUGAACGGUUGAAGCUUGCGUACGACACGAAAGCUGCUGGAAGGAAGGCCUCUUCUUCCAAGAAAUGGUAUGAACAUUGGCAGCGGGAUCCGAAGAUGCCGGAUACGGUUCUGCAGAACCUGAAGUCAGAUGUGAUACGAGCAGUGGCUGCCAUUAUAAAGCACAAGGACGAUGCGAGACUCGUUAUGCCGGUGGCGGCGCUUCAGGAAUUUGCUUCUUUCGCAUGGCUUCCCGCUAAUACGACUGAGUUGGGUGAAGAUGUGGCGAACUCGUUCAAAGAUUUUACGGCACACGUCGUUAUUCCGACGUACCGUCUGCAAGAUUUGCUGGGGGUGGACGAGCUCCCUGUGCUUCCGUUCGAGGAAGACGUUGCCAAGCUCGGCCAUGCAGCUGUUGUACCUCACGAAAGCACGACCAAGCUGAAUGUCCGUUUGCGAAAGCUUUGCUCCUACCUGAGCGACGAGCAGAGUGAGAGGCUGGCAUCUGUCUCUCGCUCGGAUUUCGCAGCGUUGACCUUGGAAAAUGCCGAGCCAAGGGCAGAUGAGCAGGUCUAG